AUGUCGACGGUAAGGCGAGAACAAAGUGAUCAGUCCGUUAACGAUUCAAGGCCCCAGUCUAGAAGUAGUCUACCGAACGGAAUCGAGCAGACGUACAAACAAAGACACUGGUUUCUUUUCAUACCAAAUCUAGAUGAAAAAGUAAACGAAGUAUGCGAGCAAUUAAGUGAAACUGAACUGUCCGAUGCUUCUUUGUCUGAUGAUUCUGCAUCUGACGAUGAUUCUGCAUCUGAUAUUGGGAAUACUUCAAGCGCCUCUAAUGGUAUCCAAAAUAACCAUGUCAAUUACAGAAAUCAAAAUGGUACUGUCAUGACAUCCGGACUAGAUCAACAACAAUCGCCUCUAGAACUCAUCAGCGAUUUCUUAUUACAAAUUAUGAAUGGUAACUAUGAGGAGGCUCAAAGGCUAUGCGAGCAAAUUUUAGAGGUUGAACCCGACAACCAAACAUGCCUUGAAUAUCGAGAAGUAUUGAAAGAAAGAAUUCAACUUGGUUAG